CUAUCGGCGGCUAUCGUGAGCGAUUGUUUUACUGAGUUUAGUUGUAGUAGCAAUGUUUAAUCACCAGGAUUAAACAGUAUCUGAUAUUUUUAAAACAUUUUCAGCUUACACACGAGGAAAUAUGCGAAAGUGCGACUAUUUUAGACGAGGGCUUAAGAUUAUGUCCGUUAUGUGCUUCAGAAGUAAGAUUGUUUUUUAUCAACUUCAAUGAGAAAAUAUUAAUGUGUGAAAAUACUGAAUGCGAGUACCCAUUUGGUCACGAGAAUGUUGUUUACGUGAAGGAAGACGAUGAGAGCCAAAAUGAUGAAGUCGUCAGUAUUAAAAGUAGAACAGUAAGAGGUACUCCUCAUGAUACUUUAUCAAUCGUAUCCACAUCUGCUUGGUCAGAGAUCGAUAAUAUCAACAGAGUGUAUGAAGCUGAAGAGCAGCUAGACCAAAGACCAGAGAUAAAGGAGUAUUAUUUACAUAAAAGAACUAGUAGAAUAACAGGGGAUGAUGAAAAUCAAAAGAAACUGUUUCAGAAUGUGCAAGAAAUUAACAAAUUGAAUAAAGAGUUAAAUGACUCAAAACAGGAGAUGUUUGUGCAACCACAGUUGAAAAAUGAAAAGUGGAUAAAAAAUUUGAUGUCAAUGCAAAAAUAUUCAGGUAUGUCGCUUUUGAAACCCAACGAAAUGAAGUUAGUUAAAAAGACGGAGUCAGAAAUUGGUUCAGGGGAGUUGAAAAUUGACAUCAAUAUGGGAAAAGAUGAAUGUGACAUGUCAUCUGUUAAAAUAGAAAUUUUUAAUAUCAAAGAACAGUAACAACAACUUUGGGAGAAUUUUUUAUUUUAGUGUAUUAAAGUGUUAUUAUUAUAGAUUGACAGGAAUUGACAAUCUAGGUUUCUUAACUAUUUUGGGCAAGGGAGCCCUUUGCCAAAAUGAACUGACCCUUUAAAAAUACUAUCUUUAUGUCUAGAAUCUGCAUUAUGCCUAUUUCCAUUGCCUUCUGUAUUUUUUCUGAACUAGCAUUUGC